AUGCAGAAGAGAGCGCUCGUGAUCAGCAUCCUCGUCGCUCUGGCUGUCAUCGUCGCGGUGAUCGUGGUGGUCGUGACGGUCUCUGCGUCUCACGCAUCCACCAGCUCCAAGAAAAAUGACGGUGACAAGACAAACUCCCCAAGCUUCAAGUCCAAGUCCCAUGCGAGCGACACAUUGCACAACUCCAAGAAGGACAACUCCCGUAGUGGAUCCACCGACGAAGUAGAGGAGACUACGGACCCGCUGGCUGAGAACUACGCGGUGUCUGCUCUGGCCAUUGGAGACUGGGGCCGAACCAUCGCAAAAGACGGUGGAUCCUGCUGUUCGCGUCGCAAAGCUUUCACUGUGCUGGACUACAACGCCAUGGAAUACGUCGCGAUUCUGUUGGGCCAAGCUGCAGCGGCAGCCCAACCUCGUCCUUCCGUCGUGAUCGGUCACGGAGACAACUUCUACUGGGACGGGCUGCACGAUUCGACGGACCAGGCCUAUCGCUUCCAGCAAACGUUCGAGGACAAGUACAACACCGCGAGUUUGGCUGGGAUCCCGUGGGUGAACGUCAUGGGGAAUCACGACUACGGUGGCGCCAGCUUCGUGUGCUCGAACGGAGAGCUGGCAACGGAAUGCGGCUCGACGGCCGAGCUGCUGGCCGCCUUGGACCGGAAGUUCGAGCUGCAGUCGCAGUACGUGAGUCCGCAGGACAACCGCUGGCUCAUGCCCGACCACUUCUUCGUCCACUCCAUCGUCGACCCGGCCUCGAACGUGAGCAUCGACAUCUUCAACCUGGACACGAACGACGCUGACACCCACGGCGCGCAACAGAUCUGCUGUCAAUGCUACGGAUACUCGGGCAAAGACGACGACGCGUGCGAAAACGUCAAGCGCGGUGACAGUCUGUGCGCUGGAGGAAACAACGGCAUGUUUGACGCGUGUAUGGACAAGCUACAAGCCUGGGGCGAAGACUCGCGCAAGAAACUCGUCGAGGCCGCGAAGGCCUCCACUGCGAACUGGAAGAUCGUCAAUACGCACUACUCGCCGUACAAUCACUACGCUCCUGGUCCAGCUGAGAAGUGGCGCGAGUUGCUGGACGGCUUGGGCAUCCAGCUCUUCCUGUACGGCCACACACACGGCGAGAAGCACGACUAUACGGCGUUCAAGACGCACUUCAUUGAGAACGGAGCGGGUGGUGGCAUCCAAAACGAGUCCCCCAGCGGCAUACCGCCGUAUGCUGAGGACUAUGUGGAGAACGUUUGGUCGGCUGGCCAUUACCCGUACGGCUUCUUCUCGCUGAAUGUGUCGCCCACAUGGUUGAAAGUGAGCUUCAACACGUUCGACGAUAGCUGGUCCAUGACGAAAGACUUGGACGCGACGGUAGUUGGCGGGAUUGCUAUCAAGCACUGCUGGUACAUCCCGCAGCAUGGCGGACGAGGCAAGAGCUGCGAGGAUGCAGAGCUGCAGUCGGCGGGUGCGGGCUCUGUCUAG